AUGGCAACAACUGUGCUCAAUGUGAAUGAAAUCAAAUUGAAAGCUUUAGAUGUUUUUGUGAAUAAAUUUGGAGAGAAUGCAAAUAUUUGUGUAUGCGCACCCGGUCGCGUGAAUUUAAUUGGGGAGCAUACUGAUUACAACGAAGGUUUCGUUUUACCGAUGGCAUUGCCUAUGAUUACACUCAUAGUUGGAAGGCAUAACAAUUUGGAAAAAUGUAAUAUUAUAUCUCUCAGUGAAGUAGUUAGUUCUGAAAAUCAUGUUGAAUUUGAAGUUAGUCCUCGUAAGAAUAUAAAACCAGGAGAACCAAAAUGGGCUAACUAUAUUAAAGGAUGUGUUACAAAUUUUAUUUGUCAUUUACUUAAAAUGCUAAUUUUAGGUGAUGUGCCAUCUUUUAAUGCUGUGAUUGUAUCCUCUGUACCAGUUGGUGCUGGUUUGAGUAGUUCAGCUGCCUUAGAAGUUGCUACUUACACAUUUUUGGAAGCAUUAACUGGUAUAAAAUCAGAAAAACCAGAGGAUAAAGCUCUAGCGUGUCAACGUGCUGAACAUGAUUUUGCUGGAGUUCCAUGUGGUAUUAUGGAUCAAUUUAUUUCUGUAAUGGGCAAAGAAGGCUAUGCUCUUCUUCUCGAUUGCAGAAACCUUGGUACUAAACAAAUACCUAUAUCACAAAUAAACGAUUACGUUUUUCUAAUUACUAAUUCUAAUGCUCCUCACAAAUUAAGUUCAAGUGCAUAUUGUAAACGUAGAGACUGUUGUUACGAAGCUGCAAAAAUAUUAAAUAAAGGAAGUUUACGUGAAGUAUCUAUGAGCGAUAUUCAAAUUUUAAAGUCGCAAAAUGUACCUGAAGAAAUGAUAAAACGAGCUCGUCAUGUAAUCACAGAAAUUCAAAGAACAAUUGAAGCUGUAAAUGCUCUUGAAAAAAGAGAUUUUAAUAAAUUUGGACAGUUAAUGAACGAAAGUCAUGAUUCUUUGAAAAAUGAUUAUGAAGUUUCUUCUAUCGAGUUAGAUACUUUGGUAACAGCAGCAAGAGAGAUAAAUGGUGUCUUAGGAAGUCGUUUAACUGGUGCCGGUUUUGGAGGAUGUACAGUAACAUUAUUGAAAAAAGAUGUAAUUGAUGAAGCAAUUAAUCACAUAAAAGCCAAGUUAGAUUUUUUUCUUUAAAUGUUUCUACAACUCUUGAUAACAAUGAAUAUUGUUUAUGAAUAUUAUUUUAUUACAGAUAUUCUGGACAUGCAACAUUUUAUAUAGCAACUCCUGCAAUGGGUGCAAGAAUUUUGGAUAUAAAUUAA